GUGCAGAGUCCGGUUAAACUACUGAAGACGAAGCUCUCUUUUAAGAAGUGAAGUCAAACGAAUGCAAAGGGUAUAGUAACACCACCUUCAAUGUAUUUAUAUGAAAUGCAGCGAGUAUACAAGUCGACAUCAUCAGAGCAUUAGUAGACAUGGAAUCCAUCUCCAUGGCACAGUACGCUUGUGGAGUUUGCAGCAAAUCAUUCACAAACUCCAAGAAUAGAAGUCAGCACAUGAGCCGCGUUCACGUAAAAGUCCAACAUCAGUGCAGCGGCUGCAAACAAUUCUUCAAGAGAAAAGAUUCCCUCAAGAGACAUCAUUCUCAGAAUAGAUGCCCAGUUUCCAAAUAUGAAUCAACUUCGAUGGCAAAAUACGUUUGCGUAAUUUGCAGCAAAUCAUUUCAAAGCUUGAGGUAUAGGCUGCUGCUGCACAUGCGAACUGCUCACGUAAAAGUCCAACACCAGUGCAGUGGCUGCAAAACAAUUUUUAAACGGAAGGAGUCUCUCAUGAGUCAUCAAUCUAAGAAUACAUGCCCAGCUUCCAAAUAUGCAUCCCCUUUUAAAACAAAAUACACGUGUGAAGUUUGCGACAAAUCAUUCAAAACCUCCAAGUAUAUGCUGCAGCACCUAAGACGCGUUCACGUACAAGAAAAACACCAAUGCAGUGGUUGCAAAAAAAUUUACAAGAGGAAGGAUUCCCUCAAGAGGCAUCAUUCUCAGAAUACGUGCCCAGUUUCCAAAUAUGCAUCCACUUCGAUGGCAAAAUACGUUUGUGUAAUUUGCAGCAAAUCAUUCAAAACCUUGAAAUAUAAGCUGCAGCACAUGAGAUGCGUUCACGU